GUGGGAGUACGGAUAACAAUUGUUAUUAUCCGGAAACUCUGUCGUUGGGUGUUUUGUUGGCGUCAAGCGUAAAACAAGAUGGUUCUGGUGACGGCGGCGGAGUUCCUCCCGAAGUUCAAAGCGCUGUUCGCGCAGGAGAUCCAAGGGGGCAACAGUGCCGUGACGGUGCAGACGAAGAGCAUUCCGUCGGAGAAGGUCGGGAAGCUCCUUCGUGCACAUGCCGUGGAAGCGGGGCCAAACGUGUGGCUGAUUCGGGCGUUCAAGAACGGGAACAACAAGCACAAGAUCAAAAUCUCCACGGCGGUGACGGCGUUGGAACACACGGAGUUCCAGGCCAAGUUGGCGGCUGUGAUGAAGGCCAAGAUGCAUGGAUUGGCGCCGACGAAGAAGAGCAAGCGACACGCCAAGGCAACAACCACCCAGUCGUAGAUAGGGAAACUGUACGAGGAGCAUGUAUUCUCUCUCUCCCCUUAUCCGACCACAAAUAUAGGCCUCUUAGAACUGUUCGAAUCGAGUGCAUGACUGGAUGGCGGCGACGACUUGGACGUCCGACACGAUCUUGUGCAAGUACCCAUGUCGACUAUAUCAACAACGAUCCCCUGAUCAGGAACAUAUAUCGACAGCAGAUGCGAUACACACC